CAGACAUGCUAGACCAUGGACGACGAAAUCAACAGAAAUCUGAUCUAGUUGCUUUUCUAGACCCUCGACUUCAAACAGCAAUAAGUUUGUAUGGAGAUAGAGGUGUUUAUCACUGCAAUUCAUCUUGUGGCAAGGCUAGAUUCCGUUGUGACAACCAUUGAUUUCUAACUAAUUAAUGUACAUGUCACUUUGUAUGUUUGAAAUUCAAAAUGGUGGCGCUGAAAUAUUAUUAAAGAAAAUGUUAAAGGAAGAUAAUUUUUAUUUCUUAACUAAUUUGCUGGCAAUUUUGAGCUGCGUUUUUGUUUGCAUCGCGUGGCAGUAUUUCCACACAAUCCGAAGCACAGAAAAAUCCAGCGAUUCUAAUUUAUGGAGCAAUUUAUUUAAAGAUGACAGCCAAACUGAGAAUGCUUUGCACGCAGAAAAUGAAGUGAAAGCAGACGUUUGCACGUCAACUUCUUGUGUGAGGUGUUCGAGAAGUGUAUAUUCAACGGAAAAACUUUUAAGAAAAUGGAAGAAGAUCAAAGAGGAUUUGAAACCGUGCGAAGACACCAGGAAAAAAUUCUUCAACGCGAUCAUCAAAUCGUCUAACCAGGUUUAUAUGAAUGAUGGAACUCGUAAUAUAGCGAAAAAGCAAAAUCCCACAGUAUUCUAUCUUGAAGGAUUACCUGGAAAGAUUUGGUAUGAAAAGACUGCUAAUGAAUUGGCUGAAAAAUUAUCUAUUUUAGAGAAUGAUGACUUCCAACAAAUUGUUAAAAGUGAAUUCACAAAUGUCUACCACUAUUUUAAACAUGAAUGGGUUUCAAACGAAGUGCCUUCUGGUGGAUGGUAUUUAUAUUAUCUUUACAACCAAGGGGUUAAAAAUGAGGAGAAUUGUUUAAGAUGUCCAAGAGUCAUAAAGGAAAUUGAGAAGUUAGAAGUGGCAAUGUUAGAUUGUGCUUUUGGAAAUGUUGUGUUUUCUGUCUUGUUACCUGGUACAAGCAUUAGGCUCCAUUGUGGACCCACAAAUGUACGCAUCCGAUGCCACAUACCCAUUAUAGCACCACCUGGCUAUUUUCUUAUGGUUGGUGAUGUGCAAUACACUUGGCAAGAGGGGAAAAUCUUAAUUUUUGAUGAUUCUUUCUACCACAAGGUCUACUGUUGUGAUAAUGUCCAUGAACCAAGGGUUGUAUUGAUGUUAGAUCUAUGGCAUCCAUCCCUCUUACUGUCUGAGCGUGAAUUAGUGAAGCAAAUAUUCUCUCCACAGAAAUGAUAGAUGAUUAUAAAUGUGCUCCACUUUAUCAGUAAUAUAACUGAUGAUUCGUUAUUCUCAACAUUAUAACUGUGUACAUAUGAGCAAUAAUUUAUCCAUGUAGCAGACUGCCAAAAUAACAAUUACGAUUUUCUUCUGUUUCCUUGUUACUAAUGAAAAUUAGCAUCCAAAAGGUUUA